GGAGGAUCCCCACCCGUAAGCAUGGCGGUAUGUUAGUGUGUGUAUUUGUUCAUAAACACCAGAGAGAUAUGGAAGACGCCAACACGCGCCGCGACCGCUUCACAUAACCGGAAUAUAACGCGCUUUGUUUCUACGCGCCGGUACCGGAGGCAGUCAGUAGGAUUUCUCCAUGCACUCUUUGUUUACUCCUAGAAUAUGGUGAGCUGAGCAGAAGAAAAGCACAAGUUAUUGCUGAUAGCAUCACUCAUCUGCCGUUUACUAGUGCAUUAAUUGCCGGUGAUCAUGAGGUGCUGCCGCGGGCUCGUUUAAACGUUAAUCGACACGUUUAAACGCCGCAAAACAUGAUCGAUAUCAUGAAUGUGUGACUUUAUUGUGAUUUUUAUCUUCCAUCCGGAGAGAUGCGCGAAUAUAAAGUGGUGGUCCUCGGGAGCGGCGGGGUCGGUAAAUCCGCGCUCACCGUGCAGUUCGUCACCGGGACGUUCAUCGAAAAGUACGACCCGACCAUCGAGGAUUUCUACCGUAAGGAGAUCGAGGUGGACUCGUCGCCGUCGGUGCUGGAGAUCCUGGACACGGCGGGCACCGAGCAGUUCGCGUCCAUGCGGGAUCUGUACAUUAAAAACGGGCAGGGCUUCAUCCUGGUCUACAGCCUGGUGAACCAGCAGAGCUUCCAGGACAUCAAGCCCAUGAGAGACCAGAUCAUCCGAGUCAAGAGGUAUGAGAAGGUUCCUGUGAUCCUGGUGGGCAAUAAGGUGGAUCUGGAGAGCGAGCGGGAGGUGUCGGUGCGUGAGGGACAGGCUCUGGCCGAGGAGUGGGGCUGCCCCUUCAUCGAGACCUCCGCCAAGAGUAAGACCAUGGUGGACGAACUCUUCGCCGAGAUCGUGCGGCAGAUGGACUACGCAGCACAGCCCGAUAAAGACGAUCCCUGCUGCUCCUCCUGCAAUAUACAAUAACCCACACACACAGACUUGUUCUUAUAUCCCGGUGGGGACUCUCAUAAACAUGGUUCUACUAUACAAAGUGUAUAUUCUCUUCUCUACGUCCUCACAGGAAACAGUCUGCACUUUUACGUUUUACAUUCUGUCUGCUUUAUAAACAUGUUUACCCAUGGGGACCUCAAUUUUGGUCCCCACGGUGACACAAGUCCCCAUGAGUCUGUGUGCAUUCAGGUUUAGGUCCCCAGCGGGAUACAUAGACAAGUAUACACGCGCAUACAGACUGGAUACAGUCACGUUGGUUUUGGUGGUUUAUGAGGACUCUCCAUAGCCAUAAUGUAUUUUAUACAGUAAAAAUUAUUAUAUGGACCAACCCCUUAACCCAACCCUCACAAAAAUAAAUAAAAAUUGUGUCAAGAUUUUAAUGCUAAAAUACUCUAAGAAGUGUUUUAAAGCGUUCUGAAUUAAAAGGACACAAUGCAUGUCCUCAUAAAACCUCUUAAUAAGUACAACUAGAUCACACCCACAUCAUUAUACAAACUUUGGUCCUCGUAAACCAUAAAAACCAGUACAAAAACAUGUUGGUUUUAGUGUGUUUUAUGAGGACUCAUAACAUAUUUCAUACAGAUAAAACUACUUAAUAUGUCCCUACCCCUAAACUUAACCCUUACAGGAAAAACGUGGCUCGAUUUUUAAUGCUAAAAGACCCUGUUAAGUAUGAUUUUUAAAGCAUUUUGAAUUACAAGGACACAACAUGUCCUCAUAAGCCCUCCUGGUAAGUACAACUAGGUCACACUCAUGUCAUUUUGGUGCCAGUAAAACACCAAAAAACAUAAACAUACUCACACUUGGUUUUGGUGGUUUAUGAGGACUCUCCAUAGGCAUAAUGUAUUUUUUAUAGUAAAAAACACCUCGUAUGGCCCUACCCCUAUACCUAACCCUCACAGAAAACCUUGUUAAUUGUUCUUUUUAUAUUAUUUUGAAUUACAACAACACAACAUGUUCUAAUAAACCACCUUAAUAAGUAUAACUCGACCACACCAAUGUCAUUAUACAGAUUUCUGUCCUCAUAAACCAGCAAAUCCAGUACAGCCACACACACAUGGUGGUUUAGGAGGACUCUUCGUAGACUUAAUCUAUUUCAUUCAGUAAAAACCAAAUAAUAUAUGUCCCUACCCCUAAACCAAGAUUUUAAUGCAAAAGGCUCCAAGUUUUUUGCAUUUUGAAUUAUGAGGACACAAGGAUUGUCCUCAUAAACCACCUUAAGUACAACUAGGUCACACCCAUGUCUUUAUACAAAUUGUGGUCCUCAGAAACCACCAAAACCAGUACAAACACACAUGUUGGGUUUGGUGGUUUAUGAGGACUCUCCUUUGGCGUAAUGUAUUUCAUACAGUAAAACCAAGUAAUGUAUGUCCCUACCCCUAAACCCAAUCCUGACAGGAAAAAUGUGCCAAGAUUUUAAUGCGAAAGACUCCAUUAAUCAAGUUUUAAGCAUUUCGAAUUAUGAGGACACAACAUAUGUCCUCAUAAACCACUUUUAAAAAGUACAACAAGGUCACACCCAUGUCAUUAUACUAAUUAUACCAGUGACAUGGUUCUUGUAAACCACCAAAACCAGUACAAACACACAUACACUUUGGUGGUUUAUGAGGACUCCCCAUAGGCAUGAUGUAUUUUACACAUUUUACACAACUCUACUCCUUAAUCCAACCCUCAAUAUAAAAAUGUGGCAAAAAUUUGGUGUAAAACCCCAUUAAGUAUGACUUCUAAUUACAAUGACACAAGGCAUGUCCUCAUAAAACCACCUCAAUGUUGUAACGCCUAAAUCAUACCAAUGUCUUACAAAUUUCUGUCCUCAUAAACCACCAAAACCAGUACGCACACACUACAGUAGCUUUCAUAGACCUUCUAGUGUCGGCGGUUCUUCAUCGUUUGCAUCUACAGACUGACUGGGAUCAUUGUGAGGAGUUUUCUGUCACUUUAUAUGUACGGACUGGCCCGCGGGAAGAGCACUUGCCUUAGUUUUUCACACUUUCUCCUGUUUCAGCGGGAACCGGUCGGACGAUUUGAUCGUGUAUUGAUGAUUUGAUCUGAGUUUGUCACCAGGUCAGAGAUAUGCUUGAGAUAGCCAUAUUAUAAUUUAAUGAUGACUUUAUAAUUGUUCUUUUAAGGUGUAGAGCUUUCUCAAGUGGAAAAGCUUUGUUCCAAAAGCCCAACGUGAGCUCUGAUUUGAGGGAUUGCCUGACUUGUAGUUCUGGCUUUAUGCAUCUUGCAGUUUUUUGGUUGCAAUUCUUUUUAUUCUUUGCCCAAAAUUGUGCAAAAUUUCUUGCAAUUGUGAGUUUAAACUUGUAUAUAUUUUUUUCAGAAUU